CCCCACCUCCAAUUAGCUGCAUACCAGCCCCGCCCAAAAAUGGCUGCAGCAGCUACUGCAUCAGCACUAUCUUAUUAUCUCGUAUUAGAUUUUGAAGCUACUUGUAAUGCAUCUCAUCUUCCAAGUCCAAGACCACAAGAAAUCAUAGAGUUCCCUGUGCUAGCUGUAAAUGCAAAGACGCUAGAAACUGAGAAGAUAUUUCACACUUAUGUCCGACCCACUUCACACCCACUAUUGACCCCAUUCUGUACUCAACUGACUGGUAUAACCCAAUCACAAGUUGACGGUCAACCAACACUACCUGAAGUUCUGCGUAGCUUUCAUUCGUGGCUUGAGACCAACGGUUUCUUAGAGCCCUCCGUUAGGUUUUGUUUUGUGACGUGCGGCGAUUGGGAUCUUAAAACCAUGCUCCCUGGACAAUGCAAGUACUUUGAUUGGCCAGUCCCGGAGUACUUUCGCAGUUGGAUGAACAUCAAAUUUGUUUUUCAGAGGCUAACGGGGGUAAAGGCAAAAGGGAUGCCACAUAUGCUUGAGUACUUUAAAAUCCCGUUAGAGGGAAGGCACCACAGCGGCAUUGAUGAUAGUAGGAACAUUGCUAAAAUAUUGACUAGACUGGCCAGAAUUGAAAGUAAUCUCCAACCAACAACGACACUUAAACUAAGCAAAUAGAGAAAGUUUAUUUUAGCUAAUAGCAGACAUAGCUAAGAGAAAUUGUUUGUUGUUUUUUUAAGUUAUUUUAGCACUUAUACACAAGUUUUUAUUUUUAUUCGUUGGGCAGAUUACUGCUCUACUAGUUGGUUUUAAUUUUGUAUAGUAUACAGUACUGAGCACUCUGUUUACAUUUCAAACCUGAUCCACACAACAAGGAUGAACUCUACACUUUUAGUGUAGUGAUGUCAAAGGUGGUACUUGCAGAGGGACUCUUUUGUCAAACUGUGGCUUACAAACUAGCAGUUUGUUGUUUAAAUCAAUUUCAAUGUUUUUUGAAAAUAUUAUAUAUUGUUAUAUGCUUGUAGUUUAACAUAGACUCAAUUUCAGGAUUAUAAACUAUUUAAAGUGUUGUGCAAAAGCAGCUAGCAGCUUCUUCAAAAUCAGAAAAAUUCUUUCUUCAAGCUAUACCACAGUACCAGUAUAAUACAAGCAGUAACAUGGGUCUUCUAAUGGCUAAAGAUGACGAACCAACCUUUAUUUGGUGGAUAGGGCAAGCAAACACACCAAGGCUAAAAGCUCGCUAUUGGCUCCAGUUUGGAAUAUUCAACAUUAUUAGUUUAAGUGUUAUAUUAAUUGGAAUCCCUGCUUUGAUAUUGUUGAUCCCAGCCACAAUAUUUGCAUAUCAGGCUGUCAUAAAAUAUGAUGAAGGAGAUGAGGGUGCCUGCAAGACAAAGACAUCAAUUUCAUCACUUUUGAGCAUAUUGUCUAUGAUUGUAUUUGUACUUUGUGUUGGUGGUACUUCUGCAGCAAUAUACCAAUUUUUGUAAAUUCAUAAGGUUGCUGUCCUCAUAUUAAUAAACUCUCCUAGCACUGUGUACAAUUGUCAGUUGUUUUUUAUUAUUAAUUUUUAGAGAGUGGGUAGUAUACACUAAAAUCCAUUUAGUAGAAGAGGUUCAUGUUUAUUUUUGUGUAGAUUUCUUUUUAACUGUUUUUAUUUGAUGCAAAA